AUGUUGUUGCAUCUAUCAAAUGCGCAGCUUUCUUCCAACAUUUUUCUCUCUUACGAUGAUUCUUGGGCUGCUGUCAAGUGGGUUGUUUCUCACUUCUCGGCUGGAGGUGGUGAGGUAUGGCUAAAGGAAUACGUUGAUUUUGAUCGGGUUUUCUUUGCAGGAGAUAGCGCAGGUGGUAACAUAGCACACAACAUGGCAAUUCGGGUCGGGUCGGAUGGGCUGGAUGGUGUGAAGAUUGUUGGGAUGGUUUUAAUCCAUCCAUAUUUUGGAGGGAAGGACCCAAUUGGAUCUGAAGGUGAUGGCGCGGCCACUGAUAAAUUCUGGCUCUUUGUGUAUCGAUCGGCUAUUGGGUCUGAUGACCCGUUAUUCAACCCGGUUGUGGAUCCGAAGUUUUCGAGCGUAGUUUGUGACAAGGUGUUGGUAUGUGUAGUUGGGAAAGAUUUUUUGAAGGAUAGGGGUCGAUAUUACAAGGAGGAGUUGGAGAGGAGCGGGUGGGGAGGAGUGGUGGAGAUUAUGGAGGUUGCAGGGAAGGACCAUGUGUUCCACUUGAUCAAACCGAUUUGUGAAAAUGCUGUGGCUAUGCUCAAACGAGUGGCUUGUUUCUUGAAUGAGAACAAUGCCUAG